CCGAUCAACCCAAUGCUCCCAAGUCCGAGUACUCCUAUCCACAGCACCCUUUACAUCAUCACAUGCACGUCUGACUACUACCGGCAAUCGACACUCUGUGAUCGUAAGCAACCUGAAGCUGACGGAACUGACGUGGUCGUGGGUGGCGAUUUGCCUGGUAUCCACACGCCCGACGCGUAGAAAGCUCCCGAACAAACGCUCUGCUGCCCUGUAUUUUUCUCCAUCUGGCCCUGCACAUAUUUCGUUUCUUUCAGAUCACCCGUGCCAUUCCCAAUUUAACAGAGCCACUUGCCGGUCCAGCCACCUAUAUUUUCGAGCGUCUAGCUACAGCAUUAUCAUGCCACAACGUGUAACCCUGGUACUGUCCAAUGGCGACCCCAAGAGACGGAAAUUAGACACUGAGGACCUUAUACAGACACACAAAGACAAGCUCGCGGCGAUUGUGUCACGCCACCAGCUUCUCACCAGCGAGUUGUUCCAUCUCCGCUACUACACAUCACUCCAAAACUGGGAUCCGCGGAUCAACGUCUCCGAACCCAAGGAGAACUUUGCGUAUUUCCUCGAGCAAGAGCUGUUGCUGUUGAACUGGGUCGAUGCGCGCGCCCUGGACCAUCUCCCGUUGCGGUUGCAGCGCAAGUUGAAACAGACACAGACCGUGAGUGUUUAUGAAGCAGAAAUUGAGUCGCAGGCGAGAGGUCUCCUGUUACAAAUGAUUGGCGAGGAAAGUGAAGGCAGAGCAGAAAGUGAAGAACAAAAUGAAGAACAAAAAGAUGAAGCACUUCGGCCCAAACCCAAACAGCCUCCAUCCAGAAAAUCUAAACGGAAGAUCGAAACAAUUGAGAGCAGUGAGAGCGGAAGUGAUGACGAGAAUAUUCCCCUGUUUCCUCCGUUCAAGCUCCAUCUCAACGUGCGGGUCCACCCGGCACCGCACUUCCAUCCCCAAUCGGUCUUGGUGCCCCAGCGCAGAGACACGCCCGCAGCCUCGGUGGAGGCGUUUCUCGACUCCUUUCGCUCGCUCGACGAAGACGUGACGGAGGAGCAAUACCAGGAACACAUCGCAACACAGAGCUCGCUCAUCUCCAAGAUCAAGGCGCUGGUGUACGACCCCACAGACAACACCCUGGGAAUGCUCAAGAUCGGAGACGAUGGCCGGAUCCUGAAGAUGGAUCUUCCAGCGAGGUUCCAGGACCCCAUAGUCACCGUUCCGCAACUCACGAAUGCCAACGCGUUCCACGCAUCCCAUAACCGAACCCCGACCCCGUCGGCUGCGGUCACCCGGACCUCUCACCACGACAACCUCCUCACCCAUGCACACACCCAGUCCGUGAUUGUCCACAGGCAGCUGCGGGCCCACAUCGUGCGGACGCGGAAGAUUGCCCAGAUGAUCACCACAUACCACCGACGGAAGGUAACCGACCACCAGAGAGAGGCACAGGCGAAGGAGCAGCGGGUGCGGACGCUUGCACGAACCACUGCGCAGCUCGUUAGAAAGCGCUGGUCGUCUGCCGAGAAGGCUUGGCGAAUUUUGAAGGAUCGGGAGGAUAGAGAGCGCAAGGACGAAGAGGGUCGCAAGGCUUUGGGCGAGAUUUUGGAACGAUCUCGGGUUUUGCUCGAAAAGCAGCGCGAGAGGGUGCCAACACAUGAGAUACGUGAUGAGCGGAGCGACUCUGGCAGCGAUAGCAUGGAUAGUGACGAUGAAAGCGAAAGGGACAGCGACGAUGAGACCCCAGGUCUUGCGGCAUUCUACAGCAAACCACCUGUUGCGUCACCCACCCCCAUUGACGACAGCACUCUUCUCUCCUUUGACACCAAUCAGAUGGCGAUUGUCAACGAAGAGUACAUGAAAGGUGGCUCUUCAGAUUCCGAUUCAAUGUCUGACAGUAACAGUAGUGGGUCUGGGAGUGAACCUGAAAGUGAGCCUGAAAGUGAUAGUGGCAGUGAUGAGCCCUCGACCCUCGCUGGGUUGUAUGGGACGCCAGCACCUGCCCCGCCCACCGAGGAUGAGGUUUCCCGUUUGAUGGAACUUACAGAAGAAGAAAAGACAGCAAUAUCACAGCAGAGCUCGUACGACGCUGUAUUGGACGAUUCCACGAGUGAUAGUGACGGAAUGGACGAGGUUCACCAGAGUGACAGUCAUCUGGACCAGAGCGAUGAAGCAGAAAUGCCCAGACUGGCCACGCCGGGAGAAAGGAUCGUCAAGGACGUGCCGUUGCCGCUGUUGCUUCGUGGAACGCUCCGUGAAUACCAAAAGCAAGGUCUCAACUGGCUUGCGAGCCUCUACGCAAACGACACGAACGGGAUCUUAGCAGACGAGAUGGGGUUGGGGAAAACGAUCCAGACAAUCUCUCUUAUCGCGCACCUCGCAUGCACGGAGGGCAACUGGGGCCCUCACCUCAUUAUCGUACCGACGUCGGUGAUGCUCAACUGGGAGAUGGAGUUUAAACGGUUUGCGCCAGGGUUCAAGGUGAUGACAUACUAUGGGACGCCGCAGCAGCGUAAGGAGAAACGACGUGGCUGGCAGAAGCAGGACAGCUUCCAUGUGUGUAUCACCUCGUACCAGCUCGUGUGCCAUGACCACCAGGUGUUCCGCAGACGGCGUUGGGAGUACAUGAUCCUCGACGAGGCACACAACAUCAAAAACUUCCGCUCACAGCGCUGGCAGGCGUUGCUCAACUUCAACACGGCAAACCGCUUGUUGCUCACAGGGACGCCGUUACAGAACAACAUUGGCGAGCUCUGGUCGUUGCUCUACUUUCUCAUGCCGUCCAGCAAGUGGUCGCAGGCGAUGCCCGCGGGCUUCGCGAAUCUCCAGGACUUCCAGGCGUGGUUCGGCAAGCCUGUGGAUCAGUUGAUCGAGAAGGGCACCCAGGACUCCGAGACUAAGCAGACCGUGUCCAAGCUCCACCAGUUGCUCCGCCCAUACUUGUUGCGCCGCUUGAAGAAGGAUGUGGAGAAACAGAUGCCGGGUAAGUACGAACACAUCGUGUACUGCCGCUUGCUGAAGCGCCAGCGCUAUUUGUACGACGAGUUCAUGUCUCGCGCCGCCACCAAAGACACCUUAACGCUGGGCAAUUUCUUGUCGAUCAUCAACUGCUUGAUGCAGUUGCGCAAGGUGUGCAACCAUCCAGAUUUGUUCGAGGUGCGGCCCAUCGUCACUAGCUUCGCCAUGCCCGAGUCGGUGGUCAGUGGCUACUCCAUAAAGGAGGUGGCCGUGCGGCGCUUGUCCCGAGCCGCCCCCCAGGUGGAUCUCCAGGCUGUGAACUUGUGUUUCACGGGAAACGAAGCGCUCACGUCGCAGAUGGCGGAAAAGAUCUCGCGGAUGAAACCGAAUACCGUACUUCAGGGGGAGUGCGACAAGCUUGACGAGGUACUCCAGGGCAAACAAAUGGAGCCUAGCUACGGCGACCUGAGCUUGUACUACAGGUACGUCAAGCAACAGGAGCAGGUGGAGGCGCGCGAUCAUUUGAAGCAAUUGCUCUAUAUCAAUGGCCUCAAGUGCGAUAAAGCACCUGUCUACGGUGCGAAUCUCGUCAAGUUGGUCACGUUGCCUGUGCUGCCCGUACAGACCUUGGCUCAAACAUUGCCCGGCCGGUGUCUCCAGAUGGCUGACUCGAUCGAAAAGUACGCGUUUGCUACGCCGCCGGUAGUGGCGCUUGACAUGACACACAAUGUGCUCACGCCCGAGCUUGAGGCGGAGUUGGUGGACCCACAUUCCGCCGUCCAGAACCCAUUCCACCAAAGCCAAACCAAGCUUGCGAUUGCCUUUCCCGACAAGUCACUCUUGCAGUACGAUUGCGGGAAGUUGCAGAAGUUGGCGGGCUUGUUGCAGGAGUUGAAAGACGGAGGCCACAGAGCGUUGAUCUUCACGCAGAUGACAAAGGUGCUUGACAUCUUGGAGCAGUUCUUGAACAUUCAUGGGUAUCGGUACCUGAGGCUUGACGGGUCGACCAAGAUCGAGGACCGCCAGAUCUUGACCGACAACUUCAACAAAGACACGCGCAUCACGUGCUUCAUCUUGUCGUCGCGGUCCGGUGGGUUGGGGAUCAACUUGACCGGCGCUGACACCGUCAUUUUUUAUGACUCCGACUGGAACCCCGCCAUGGAUAAGCAGUGCCAGGACCGGUGCCACAGAAUUGGACAGACCCGCGACGUGCACAUCUACCGGUUUGUGUCUGAAUAUACCAUUGAGUCGAACAUCUUGAAGAAGGCCAAUCAGAAGCGCGAGUUGGACAAUAUUGUCAUCCAGGAUGGUGACUUCACCACCGACUACUUUGGCAAGUUGUCCGUGAAGGAUCUCCUUGGUGACGCCGGCCAGGGGCUUGACGAGAAGCCGUUGCUCGAAGGUGGAAACAUCGAGAAUGUCUUGGCCCAGGCCGAGGAUGCGGAAGAUGCUGCCGCCGCGAAUAACGCUAUGAAAGAGGUUGAGCUUGACGACGAGGACUUUGACGAGGAUAAGCAGUCGAGCGCCUCCAGACCCCAAACCCCUGCUGACGACUCCUCGGCGGUGGCAACUCCUGCUCCCGACAUGGUCGAGGAGAUCGAGGUGGACGAAGACUGGGGUCACGUCGAUGAGUACAUGCUUCGGUUCAUCAAGGACGGCCAUCUUUGGGAUUAGUUGGAUUAAACAUGUACAGAGAAUGAAGUUGUAGGGUGUAAUUAUAACGAUCUGGUAUUUAUGUCUUUCUGGGUCACGAGUGGUGGUUUAUUAUGGAGCUGUGUUAAGCACUGUCAAAUCAUACCAAAGAGAUACAGGCCCCAGCACUCGACUUUGGCUGGGGGCUUUGUUGACGUUUCUAAGUAAAGCGAUUAUUUAUAGCCUGUCGGUAGCGUAACUAAAUGGCAUCUAAC